GGUGCCUUGUUAAUACACUUACACGUAAAAUAUAGUGUACAUGUACAGUGUACAUGUAUAGUGCAGAUGACUUUUAGUGCACUAAGUAUACACAAGCGGGAAAAAAAAAAAUUAUCAUUAAUGAUAAUUAUUUAAUGGUUAUGUUCACUACUCAAUCAUUAUUAAUUCUGGUAUCAACAAAAAAUAUCUAAAUUUACUGAAAUUAUAAAAAAUCAUUGAAAUUUUUGAAAAACAGUUCUAGUAAUUAGAUUCACGCUAUAAACCUUAAAUAAGUUCGAUAAAUUUUCUGUAAGAUUAACCAUGGAUUCAUCAAACAACACAGGAACAUUUGAAGCUGAAGAAAUAAAAAUUCCAGUGCCAUGGGGUCAUAUCAGUGGAAAAUUAUGGGGUCCAAAAAAUGUACAACCUAUCGUGGCUUUGCACGGUUGGCAAGAUAAUGCAGGCACUUUUGAUAAACUAGCACCAAUACUUGCACAGCAAUAUGCAAUUCUAAGUAUUGAUCUUCCUGGCCACGGUUUUUCAUCUCACCUCAAUAAAGGAUCUUUUUAUUAUGUAUUUUGGGAUGGAGUUGUACUUGUUCGUAGAAUCGUUAAACAUUUCAAAUGGAGUAAGAUAAAAUUACUUGGGCAUUCUCUGGGUGGUGCCAUUGGAUUUCUCUAUGCAGCAUCUUAUCCAGAUGAAGUUGAUCUUCUGAUAAGUCUUGACAUUGCCAGUCCAACUGUAAAAACUAUUGAUAAAGUUGUCGCUUUGACAAAAGAUAAUGUUGAUAAAUUUCUCAAAUAUGAACAACUCACAAAAGAGUCGACACCAACUUACAAUUAUGAUGAAAUGCUCGAUAUUGUCAUGGAUGCUUAUGGAGGUUCUAUUACUCGAGAAAGUGCGGAAAUUUUAAUGCGACGCGGUACAGAGCCUUCCUCGACUCCUGGCAAGCAUUUAUUUACUCGAGAUCCGCGAUUAAAGGUAUCACUUCUUGGUAUGCUUUCAAUUGACUUUACCUCUGCAUACGCACAACAAAUAAAAUGUGCAUAUUUGAAUAUCCGCGCUGUACCAGGCCUUAAGUUUGAUUAUCCUGAACAUUAUCAAGAAAUUAUGGAUAUUAUUAAGAGCAAAGCGAAAACAUUUGAGUAUCAUCAAGUUCAAGGAAGUCACCAUGUUCAUCUCAACGAACCUGAAAAAGUCGCACCAAUUAUUAAAAACUUUUUAAAAAAUAUAAAUGAACGAAUUUAGCCAUUAUAAAAUUUGUUUAUUAUUGAAUCAAAAUUAGUUACAAUUUUUAAUUAAUUAUUCCACUGUGGUAGUAAAAAUUUUCAGUAUUUACUGGUUAAAAAGUUUUAAUUAGUUGCUAAAUAUUUCUACAAAUAACAGCUAUUAGAUUAAAAUUUUAUAUAGUACAAUUUAUAGCU